CGGCGGCGGCAGAGGGAGCGCGGCUCGGAGCGGUGCCCGCGGCCGGGCCGCCACCCACCCACCAUCACCGCGGGAGUUUUGCCGCGGGGCCGAACCUUUCCCAGGGGAACAUGGACUGAAAAAGGAGCUUCACCAGACCACGGCUGCUGGCGCCCUUCGCCUGGACCCUGAUGGACUCCGAGGCAGGACUGCAUUACCAUGGUGAUGAUCUUAACCAAAACUCGGGAAAACAAAGGUGCUGACUCCGUAACAUGCAGGACUGAGCUGCACACUCCAAAGAUGAGUCAAGGACCUACCCUCUUCUCUUGUGGCGUGAUGGAAAAUGACAGAUGGAGAGAUCUCAGCAGGAAAUGUCCACUUCAGCUCGAGCAGCCGGGCACCAGCAUCUGGGACUGCUUGUCGGACAAGGGCGAGGAGGGCUCGCGCUGGCCGAGGGAGACGGCCAGCACCUGCUCCGUCACCAACCUGAUCAAAGACCUCAGCCUCAGCGACCCCCACGGCAACCCCUCGGCCCCCCCCAGCAAGCGCCAGUGCCGCUCGCUCUCGUUUUCGGAUGAAAUGUCCAGCUGCGGGACCUCGUGGAGACCCUUAGGCUCGAAGGUUUGGACCCCGGUCGAGAAACGGCGGUGUUACAGCGGCGGGAGCGUGCAACGCUACUCCAACGGCUUCGCCACCAUGCAGAGGAGCUCCAGCUUCAGCCUGCCCUCGCGAUCCAACCCCCUCUCCUGCGAGCAUCCCGUCCUCGGCGGCCGGCUGGGAUGCCAGCCGAGGAAAUCGGCCACCGGCGGGCACGGAGGAGACCGGGUAGACAUGCAGAGGUCCCUCUCCUGCUCCCACGACCGCUUCUCCUCCUCGGAAUACUGCCCGCCCUCGGCAAGCAGCACGCCAGCCUCCACGCCGGAGCUGGGGCGACGGGCCGGCGGGCUCUCCCGAAGCCGUUCGCAACCCUGCGUCCUGAACGACAAAAAAGUCGGGGUCAAGCGACGGAGACCGGAGGAGGUUCAGGAGCAACGGCCCUCGCUGGAUCUCGCCAAGAUGACCCAGAACCGCCAGACUUUCGACAGCCUUACCUGCCUUAGCGCCACGGCCGAGGAUGGCUCCCAGAGGCUCCCCGGUCCCCAGCCAUGGACCGCGGCCCCCCGCUCCCCGGAGGUGAUGCCGGGCAGGACCCCCGCCUGCACCCCGGUCCCGGAGCCGCCGCGUUCGCGGGCCGACGAGCGCCGGGCCAGCCGGGACGACCUCUCCUGCGAGGAGGAGGAGGAGGGCGGCGGGAAGGAGGAAGACGGGGCGGUGUGGCGGAGCGGUGGGACGGGCGCUGAGAGCCUCUUCCAGCUGGAUGGCGAGAUAGAUAUCGAGCAGAUAGAAAACAACUGAGGAGGGAGCGGGGUCCGCUCGCCCCCGGGGUCGGGGGGCUGCCGGCGGAGCCGUGGAGGGCUCCCCGCUGCCGGCGGCCGGGUUUGCGGGGUCCUGCCACCGCUCUCCUCCUGCCAGCUGGAGGGGACGAAGCAGCUUUGCCAAAAUUUCAUCAGGUAUUUAGAGCAAUUUGUGUGCGUGCGUGUGUAAAUCUUGAAAUUCUUUGUAACUACUGUAGUCAGAGAUCAGCUAGUCGGAGGAAACCGCCUGCCCGACUGGGGAAACCAGGCACAGGGAUCGCCAAAAACUCGCGUUUAGCGAGUAAAUGGCUUUUGCCAACGUAGGGUUGGAGCUGAUGGGGCUGGCCACGCUCCCCCGGGUCCCACCUGCGCUUGUUCGGAAAGGGAUGCACAAGGAGAAACCACCACCCAUGGGACUGGAAAAAGUGGGGGAAAACCAGAAUACUGAGAUUUGCAAACCGAGCACUGGCUGGUGGCUGCAGGGGCGGCUGCGGCUCCUCUCUUGCUGCAUCCCACGCAGCCCCGGCACCCCCCACGUCCCUGGCAGUGCCGUGAGAGGGAAAUCACAAAAGUGAAGUGUUUUGCUUAAAUUUAAUAAUGGUAAGAGCUGGAUUUUUACUUCUUUUUUUUUUUUUUCUUUAAUUUUCCUUUUCCUAAUAAGGAAUUAAAGGGACCCCUGGCUCACACAGCUCCAAUGCCGGUGGCAUCCGCAGCAGCGCUUGGCGGGCGCUGCCUGAGGAUGCUCAAAUGCCUUUCCUCCCUAUUUUUUUUCCUUCCCAAUCCCCUCUCUCAAACCCAUCGGGGAAAAAGCCCCGAUCAGGCUCGGUGCCACCCUCGCUUGGGUUCCCAACACCCAGUUUUGAGCAGGGCUGGGCUGUUUACCCAUUUACCAGCAGCUGUGCCCGCUUUGCUACCCGAGGCACGGCUGCCACCCUCUUUUUUUUGGCUCUGUCUUACUGUGAAGGGGCUGUGCGCCCGAGGCACGCCGCGGGGUUACUUGACAAAAAGUCAGCUGGCAAAAGGCUGAAAAUCCAGGUAGCAGCACUGAAAGCUUUUUCCUCUUCCUGUGCCUUUUUUAAGCACAGAUAAAGUGGUGACCAUUACGUUUGUACGAUAUGAAUUCUCUUUGGUAAAAAUAAGCUGUCCACUUGCUAACAGGUUUAGAAGGACAUUUUUUUUUUUUGCCCAUUUUUUUGUUUUGGUUUGUUUGUUUGUUUAAAGCUCUAGGAAAGCUGUACGAGUGGCUUCCAGCAUCUUCUGCAGGUUCCCUCAAGCUCAGGGUUUACUUCCCGAGCUCUGCAAAAGCGAGAAAGGAAAAAAAAAAGUCCUUGAUACCAACAGCAAUUGAAGACAUGAUAUUUUUAGCGGGGUUUGGCACCCCUGUUGGCAAAGCUUUAGGAGUCAAUAACUCAGAAGGUGCUGAGAGCCAUUGGUACAGGUUUUAUUCAUCAUUUCUGGUUAUGUUGGUGCACUUUUUUUCUGCGGUGGUUCGGGACGCGUGUGGCGUCUCCCAUCACAGCGGAACCCAUCAGCCAUUAUAUAGCUUUAUCCCUGUCCUGGCACCGCAGAGGCUUUGCUCGCUGCAGUGCCCACGUCCUCUCCCUCCAGGCCGGGUUCACGGCAGGCAGGGCCAGCCCCAAAUAUUUAGGGAAGGGAUAACAGGGAUGUCUUUUCAUUCCGGGGAACCCUCCCGUUCUUUUAAAGCGUCGCUCGAUGCACCGUUUAAAAGAAAAUACAACCUGGCUUCAUUCUUAGCCCUCCUGUAGUGGAAGGCGCUGCCUGUCGCGGACAUUUGGGGAGGGUCCGGCCACGCCAGCGUUGCCCCAAGCUGCUGUCCCCCCCCUCCGGUCCGUGUCCCCGCAGCGGCACAGCGCGGUUCUCGGCUUUGAGUCUUCCCGAAGCUCGAUCCCCCCCAUCGCUGACGCGUCCCCCGCUGGCCACGGGCACCUCCUCAGCUGCCGACUCUCAACUGACCGAAAAAAAGGGCAAAUUCACCCAAAUCCAUGUCCGGCUGCUGCCACAGAGCUCCGGGUGGGCUCUCGCAUGCGCAUCACCGGGGCUGUAAUUCCGAAGGGCUUCUGUUUUCUUUCCAAGGGCUGCUACUGGUGCCAUGCUAACCCCUCCCCGGUAGGAAGGUGACCAGUGGACCACUACCCAGCUGUACUCGACGUAGCCGUAGCAUUCAGUUUACAUACAGCACAACCCGUUUGCCUUACUAAAGACGCUUCUCCAAUGAGUCGUGGCCUUAUACUGGGCAUGUUAGCGUAGGCACAGACUACAGUUAGCGACGGUUUUGAGGCCACGGUGGUGUUCUGUUGGGUAUUUUGUUGUUGGGUUUGUAUGAUUUCAUGUACUUAUUCUCAGUUUAAGAAAGCCUUACUCUUUAAAUUUUUUUUUUUUCUUCUCUCUCUCUGUAGAGGUAAAACAUUUGUGGAUUUAUAUAUAUAUAAAUAUAUAUAUAAAUAAAGUAAUUAAAAAUAUUAAAUAUAAUAUAGUAUGUGCCUCAGAUUCAGGGGACAUCCUGUUGAUUGUAAAGUCAGAAGUGGCGUUGCUCCCCGGCAUCAGGAGAUCUGUACCCUAUGCCCGCAGCGACCGCAGCAGGAGAGCAGGGCAUCCCCCCGGGGGUCCCGCUCUUGGUUUGUAAAGGAUUUCACCUAUUACAGACGCUUUGGUAACCCCCCCCGGCAAAUUCCUGCCGGCUGUCAGAAUGUGAUAUUAAAGUAAUAUGCAGACAAGGGAUGCUAUUCCUUGCUAGGUAGCUAAAGCAGGCUUAUUAUUGUGAAAAGACUCGGUUGCUUGUCCAAGGCGUGACCCAGACUGGCCAGCAGCCGUUUCAGGAUGACAGCAAGCUGUGUCAGCAGCAAUAAGGGUUCAUCAACCUGAAAAAACCCAGAAUUUUAAUAGGAAAAGUCUUAGCACGUGCACGGGGAGUUUGCUGUGUGUUUGCAGAUGCAGCUCGUUGAGCCUGUUCUAUGAAAGAUUACAUAAAAAAAAAAAAAAAAAGAAGUAUUUGUAAAA